AUGCGUUUCUCCAUCCUCGCCGCCGCGGGACUCCUCGCCGCCGGCGCCACUGCCGCUCCCACACCUGAGCCGGCGGCUCUCAACUGGGACGACGUCCUCGUCUUCAUGGACGACGGCAGCACCAAGGUUAUGAAGGCCUCCAAGUGGGCCGAGAUCGAACGCCGCGCACCGCUCCCCCCCGUCCCCGAAAGCUUCAGCACCGACCCCGUGCCCAGAGCGCCCGACACCAUCACCCGCCGCGACUGCGAGCAGUCCACCGAGGCCCAGAUCCUCACCGACGAGAACUUCCUCGGCGCCGAUGUUGCCGUGUCGCCCGUCCUGAGCUCGUAUGGCGGCAUCUCCGACGUCUCGGUCGCCAGCGGCUACUCGAUCCAAAACACCGUCACCGUUCAGGUCAGCAGCGAUGUCACCCUCGUCGAGAAGGUCCUCUCCAUCAACCUCGGCGUCAGCUACGCCUACAGUUGGACCACGACCGAGACCACGACCGUCCGUUUCACCAUGGGGCCGAGCAACUACGGCCUUGUCGUCUCCCAGCCCAACGUCCGCCGCGUCACCGGCAACAUGCUCUCCGGCUGCACCGACAGCCCCAGAGUCACGCCCUUUGUCUCCGACACCUACACGAGCCAGUCCUACGGCCACCUCAACUGGGUCAAGGGCGUCAUCCGCCUCUGCAACAGCACCACAUACCCGGUCCCCUACUGCUCCGGCGAGGGUAUGCACUAUUAA